AUGACCGUGCCCGGGGUGCUGCUCACCGUGCCGCUGCUCCUGCUGCGAGGGGGGUUUCCAGGGGCUGCCAGUGACUCUGUGACUCUGAAGGAAGGAGAAAAUCUAAAUCUUCACUGCAACUUCAGCACCGCCAGCAACACCAACUUUACCCUGCAGUGGUCAAACCCUCAGGGUUUCACCAUUUUCCUCAACACCCACCAGGUUUUAAGAGACCAGAGGUACAAACUGCUCCGUUAUUCCAAGGAUGAAUUGUCCAUCCAGCUGUCCAACCUGACAGUGCAGGACGAAGGAAUUUACAAAUGCUUCUACUACAGCAGGGACAUCCAAAACAAGAGCCAGAAUGUUGAGAUUUUGGCUGCUCCUUCCCACCCCGUGCUGGAAGUCUCCCAGGAUGAAGGAAGAGGCAUCAAACUCUCCUGCUACACCCAGGGGGGCAGACCCCAGCCCCAGAUUUCCUGGCUGCUGGACAACGGGAUCGAGCUCCUAGGUGACACCAGGCACCAGCUGGGAGCUGAUGGGAAGAAAUGGAGCACCAGGAGCACCCUGAGGAUCCUCAGCUACAGCCCCAAAGUGACAGCCAGCUGCAUCACCCAGCACCCUGCCCUCGGGGCACGGGGGCUGGUGGCAUCUGUCCACCUCCAGGACCUCCCCAGCACGGGCUGCAAGCAAGCAACCAGACUUUCAGAGGAUGCGCAAGUUCCCAGCCCUUCAGAGAAUCCAGCAGUUUCCAGUUCUCCAGAGAAUCCAGCAGGUACCAGCCCUUCUGCAUCCCCAGAGAAUCCAGAAGUUUCCAACCCUUCUGCAUCCCCAAAAGAUCCAGAAGUUUCCAGCUACUCUGAAUCCCCAAAAGAUCCAGAAGUUUCCAGUCCCUUUGCAUCCCCAAAAGAUCCAGAAAUCUCCAGCCCCUCUGCAUCCCCAGAGAAUCCAGAAGCUUCCAACUCUUCUGCAUCCCCAAAAGAUCCAGAAGUUUCCAACUCUUCUGUAUCCCCAGAGAAUCCAGAAGUUUCCAGCCCCUCUGCAUCCCCAGAGAAUCCAGCAGUUCCCAGCUCAGCACCACCGCCAGCCCAGCCAAACCUCACAGGUGUCUCAUCUAACGAGCGAGAUGCCCAGUCCAGAGGAGUGGGGAGGAAGCAGAGGAAUCUCCUGCUGCCCGUGCUGGUGGCUGCUCUGCUGCUGGCGCUGCUCAUCAUCGCGCUGCUCUUCGCGCUGAAGCUGAAGAAAGCGCACGGGCAGUGGAGGAGAGAAAAUGAUGUUUCAGAGCAGACACUGGAGAGUUAUAAAUCCAGAUCUAACGAAGACAGUCCAGGCCAUGAGAAGAAUGGACAAGCUGGAAAUCUCAAAUCCAACGUGCAAUAUGUAACAGAAGGACCUGUGGAACCCGCAGAGAAGAAUCCAGGAACCCCAGAGAAAUUUCCAGGAACCCCAGAGAAAAUUCCAGGAACUCCAGAGAAAAAUCCAGAAAUCCCAGAGAAAAAAUUUGCGUGUGGAAGGGACACGGACGUGUAAGGGCGGCAAAGCGCAGGAACCUGCAGCUCCCCGACGUUUGCGCCAAAGGUUUCAGGGGUCUCGACUGGAAGGAGCAGGGGGGACAGCGAGCUCCAUCCCAAAGGCACCCUGGGGUGCUCCUGGCACCCAAAGGCACCCUGGGGUGCUCCUGGCACCCAGCGGGGCCGGGAGAUGCUCCUGGAAACGUGGACGGAGCCACCUGGAACGCCGAGAGCAUUUCACCAAGCUCUGCCACAGCCCCAGCAGCACUCAGCGUCCUGGGAGGGCACCCAGGCCCAAAUUCAGAUAUUGAUGAUUGAUUUUGUCACCUCCUCUGUGACUGAUUUUGUCACCUCCUCUGCGAUUGAUUUUGUCACCUCCUCUAUGACUGAUUUUGUCACCUCCUCUGCGAUUGAUUUUGUCACCUCCUCUGCGAUUG